AUGGAUUCUAUCCUCGAGGUCCAACGGCACACCCACGAAGAUAUAGAGCAUUUCGAAAGAGCCCUUUAUACGAUCCUCUCCAAGCCUCAGCAAACCCAUGAAUCCCAGCUGCAGGUGGAACACAAGGCAUCCCAGCUCCUGGACCGCUUGUCCUCUCGUCUCGUCUCCUUGAACAACCUGUACGAAGACCAGGAUACCAGGAAAGUUGAGAUAGACUCUCUCUCUGCGCCUCAACAUCAACAAAAUGACCUUUCCGCUUUCUACUCUCGGCUGGGCAAAAUCCAAGAGCACUACGCCAAGUAUCCGGACGCCCUCGUUGCAGGUUUCGAUCCUGAGCUAGCAGCACUUCUAGAUGAUGAUGACCAGGGCUAUGGUGACGAUGAAUAUGAGGACGAUGAUCCUGUUGCUCUGCUGUUCUCUGGAGAGGAAGCAUACGGAAAGUAUCUCGACUUAUACACCAACCACACCGCGUACAACAAUCUCAAGAAUGUUGGCAAGCGUUUGGGCUACCUUCAAUAUCUCGAUGUUCUCCUGGCCGCACAGUCUGUACCAGUACAUUCAGAUCUGCCGAAGGAAUGCCGCCUGACGAGGGAUUAUGAACUUUACAUUAAAGCUCUGCAUACGUAUCUUGUGUCUUUUACCAAGCGUGCGCAGCCUCUUGUUGACGUCGAUUCUCGGCAACGCGAGGCCGAAUUGAAGUUUGCCCGACAAUGGGAAGAUGGACAAACCGAUGAUUGGGAGGAGUCUCGUCAGGGUAAACCAGUUGCAAAUGGAGGAGAUAAGGCAGAGGGGAUUUGGUGUGCGGCAUGCCAGAAAUUGUACUCUAAGCAGACUGUAUACGAUGCACAUCUCACAUCAAAAAAACAUAUUAAAGCUACUCAGAAGCAGGCGAACGCGUCGGAGCAGCCACCUCCAAAUCCUAACGGGCCUGCUUCAUCGUCAUUAACAACAAAUGACAAGGAUAGUGCACAGUCAUCUACCAAGGACAAGCACCGUACUGCUGCUUUCCUAACGCAUCUGACCACGCAGCUGCUGAUCUCACUUGCGCCUGUGCUCAACGAGACGAAGUCAAAUGUCGAGCGUCGAUUCUCGCUGACUGCUCGUGAACGUGAGCAGGAAUUGCUGGACCAGGCGAAAAAACCUCCACAAGCUACAGCCGCUCCUGCAAAUGGAGAAGGCGGCGCUGAGGAAGAGGAAGAGGAGGAACGAAUCUAUAACCCACUCAAAUUGCCAUUGGGAUGGGACGGAAAGCCUAUACCAUAUUGGCUUUACAAAUUACAUGGACUAGGUGUGGAGUAUCGGUGCGAAAUUUGCUCAGACCAUGUCUAUAUGGGCAGGAAAAACUUCGAUCGACAUUUCCAGGAGUCGAGGCAUGCGUUUGGUAUGCGCGCUCUGGGCCUUCCGAAUACGAAGCACUUCCAUGAAAUCACUCGAAUCGAAGAUGCGCUCGCUCUUGCUGAGAAGUUAAAGCGAGAAGGACGGAACGAGAUAUUCGAGCAGGAAACCAUGGAGGAACUAGAGGACGAGGAGGGCAACGUCUACAACCGCAAGACGUAUGAGGACCUGAAGAAGCAAGGCCUCAUCUAA